AAGCAAGCAUUCGGAUAUCCGGGUCCGACUCCACCUGCAUCAUCAUCAUCAUCAUCAUCAUCUUCUUCAAGAAUCUCUCGCCUUCCUUCUCCGCUCUCUCUCCUGUUCCUUCUCCGGGAAAUCGCUAAUCUCCAGCUCGAGGAAGUGAUCGGAUGUGAGGCUUGAAGUACCUUGAGUUAUUGUUAGACUCAACGAAAGCUUCUCAUUGUAAUGAGAACUUUUUGUAACUCGAAGACAGUCUUUAUAAGGAGGAAGCUAAGGAGUUCUCUUCAAAAUGAUGCAGAACAAAAGAAAAAUUGGUGAAGUUGCUCUGCAAUCAGAGCAGAUAUCUGAUGAGCUGAGUCCUUUGAAGUAUUACCCUAUGAUAAGGAUGAAAGAAAAAGCCAGCCAGAGUGUUAGAGGGCAAAAACUCCAAAGUGGACAAAUACAAGUGUUGAGAAAGAGCAUUGCAUGAUGAAUUCUCUCUCUUGGAAGAUGCAACAGUUUCUGGAGAUUGUCUGAGAAGUGAGAGACUGAGUGCAAUCAUUGAGUAGAGUGUGGUAGACUUGAAUGUGUGAAGAGGAUUUUAAGUAUUGGGGAUGUGGAGAUGGAAUCUGAUAAGGUCACAGCCAAUACAAUUGCAGAACCUCGUGAUGACAUGGAAUUUGAGUCACAUGAAGAUGCAUAUGCUUUCUAUAAAGAGUAUGCACGAGCUGCAGGUUUUGGUACUGCCAAAUUGAGUAGUCGCCGGUCUAGAGCAUCGAAAGAAUUUAUUGAUGCCAAGUUUUCGUGCAUACGAUAUGGGAAUAAGCAGCAGUCAGAUGAUGCCAUUAACCCAAGACCUUCUCCUAAAAUAGGUUGUAAGGCAAGCAUGCACGUGAAGAGAAGGCAGAAUGGCAAAUGGUUUGUUUAUAGUUUUGUGAAGGAGCAUAAUCAUGAGCUUUUACCUGCCCAAGUGCAUUUUUUCCGGAGCCACAGAGAUGCUGAUCUAGUGAAGAAUGAUGUCCGCAUGCGGAAACGGAAAAAUCUAUCUUCAAUGUCCAAAAUGUUCGGUUCAUACCAAACUCUUGAUAACUUAGAUAACUACUUGAGAAACCCACACGAUAAAGGGAGGAGCUUGGUUUUAGAGGCUGGUGAUGCUCAACUGCUGCUUGAAUUUUUUAUGCAUAUGCAGGAACAGAACCCAAAAUUUUUCUAUGCAAUUGAUCUGAACGAAGAGCAUAGACUGAGAAAUGUUUUUUGGGUUGAUGCCAAAGGCAUAGAAGAUUAUUCCAAGUUCGGGGACGUAGUUUCUUUUGAUACUACGUAUUUUGCAAAUAAGUAUAAAAUGCCCCUGGUACUUUUUGUUGGAGUGAACCAUCACUGUCAACCCACAUUGUUUGGUUCUGCAUUGAUAGCGGAUGAUACUGCUUAUACAUUUGCUUGGUUGAUGCAAACAUGGCUGGUGGCAAUGGGAGAACAUGCACCGCAGGUGAUACUUACUGAUCAAAACAAUGCCAUAAAAUCGGCUGCUGCAGCUGUCUUUCCACAUACUCGUCACUGUUUUUGUUUGUGGCAUAUAUUAGACAGAAUUCCUAGAGAGCUUGAGUACUUGGGCGUUUGGCAAGACACGUUUGUUGCAAAAUUCAACAAAUGUAUUUUUGGAUCAUGGAAUGAAGCAGAAUUUGAGAAGAGAUGGUGGAAAUUACUUGACAGAUUUAACCUUAGAGGGGUUGAAUGGGUCCAACUGUUUUAUGAGGACCGUAUGCAAUGGGCACCUACUUUCAUGAGAGAUAUAUCUUUUGCUGGGUUGUCUGCUUUUUCACGUGCGGAAAGUCUGAACUCCUGGUUUGACAAAUAUGUAAAUGGGGAAACUUCAUUACGAGAAUUCAUUGAAAAAUACAAGGUUAUUCUUGAAGAUAGGUAUGAGGAGGAAGCAAAAGCAGAUUUUGACGCAUGGCAUGAGGCACCUGAGUUGAAGUCUCCUUCACCUUUUGAGAAGCAAAUGUCAUUAGUUUAUACUCAUGAAAUCUUUAGAAAAUUUCAGAUUGAGGUCUUGGGAGCAGCUGCUUGUCAUCUAAAGAAAGAAAGUGAAGAUGAGAGAGCGACAAUAUAUAAUGUUAAAGAAUUUGAAGAUGAUCGGAAUUACGUUGUGGAAUGGAACGAGUCGAAAUCGAGUCUAUAUUGUUCAUGCCAUUCAUUUGAAUACAAAGGGUACCUGUGCAGGCACGCUAUGAUUGUUCUUCAAAUGUCUGGUGUUUUUAGCAUUCCGUUGAGAUACAUUCUGCAGCGCUGGACUAAUGCUGCUCUAAGCAGGCAUCCCAUCGGUGAAAAAUUGGAGGAUAUGCAGUCCAAAGUGCGUCGUUACAACGAUUUGUGUCGACGAGCUAUAAUAUUGGGUGAAGAAGGGUCUCUUUCUCAAGAGAGUUACGAUGUUGCAUUAUGUGCCAUCAUGGCAGCUCUCAAGCAAUGUGCAAGUGUAAAUACUCCGGCCGAGAAUGAAGCGCGUCCUAAUAACUCAACAGUCCAUGCAAUCUGCAAUGCUGAAGAAGAGAACCAAUGCAGUACAUCCAAAGAGCAGGUACCUGAUCCUAAAGCCAGCAACAGAAGUAAGAAUACAAGCAGAAAAGGAAAGAUAACGGAGCCUGAUCUUCUUGGAGCCAUGGCGCAAGAUGGUCUUCAUCAAAUGGAGGUUCCCCAGGUGAGAACAGUACAUCUACACGGCAUGGUGCCGAUGCAAUUGCAUAAUUUGGUGCCAACAAUGUUUCAUAAUGUUCCAUCUACACAGUUCCAAAACGUAGCUUCGAUGCAGUUGCACGACAGUCAUUUGCCUUGACAGCUCAAUGUUCUGCUGUGUUCUGUAAAUUUGUGGAAAGCCAUGUGAACUAUUCCAGCACGUUCCGCUGAAGUCCGGAGUUUCGGUUGUUGACUCAACCAGUAAGCACCUGAACUAGUCAGAACUGCGAAACCGUUCAAUCUUGAGAGAACGAGAGAUCAAAGAUAUUUAAGCAGGGGAAAUUGGCGGUAUUGUACUGCAGAAAUUGGAUCUAACUUCUUGUUUAGAUUGAGGACUAUGGAAGGAUGGAGAGUGUGCAUUGAUGUAUUGACAGGAACAAACAGACCGAGUGAGUCAUUGUUAAGAAGUAUGUUGCUGAUUGCCGAGCUGAAUGGGUAGCGGCUUAGCUAAUCUUCCUAUAAGAUACAAUCAUACACAACAAAUCGUUUGUGAUCAUCAUGACUGGACUAAGCGAAAGAUGAGUGCGAGUUCAUGCAGCCGCUUCCGCGGUCCUGAUUUCGCCUUCUGCAUUUUAGUUCCUCUGCUUCAGUGAGUAACAGUGGUUGUUCGGUCCAUUGAUCUCGCGACUUGGUAUUGGAAAGGGGACUUGGCCUUGCUACUCGGUUCUUGAGUGUCUGUCUUGCCUUCGCUUGCUCUAGGGAAGAAGGAUGCUCAUGCUAGUUACAUUCUGGUUCACGAUCAAUGAAGACUACUAAUUGUCCUGGUUGAGUUCGUCAUGGAUAAUUACCAAAAACGGAGAACAUGCCAAUGGUGGAAUUGAAGUCUAGUUGCAUGGAAGAAUAAGCAAAUGGCGAAUUCAACAAAAUGCGAUUUCUACUUCUGGGCACUGUAAACAUCGUCAUUCUCUGGUGCGAUUUUCUCGGGAUCAGAUGAUCGAAAUUCCUGCUUCCCGACAUUCUCAAUGAGAAGCAGCGAAGUGGUGCCAGAAGUCCAAUUCAUACAAUAACACGAUCUAUAUUUGGAGAAGCAUAACAGCCCCUCUUUUGUGUUUUCUCAUUAGGCUCAAUGAAGUGAAGGCACUGAGUAAGUUCAGAUCUUGAAGAUUACAAGUUCUUUUCCCAAUCAUGUGAGUUUUAUUCAUCUCUCUACAAUAGAUAGAUGCAGAGUUGUGAUCCAGUUUCAUCA